UUCCCGUCGCGGCGUUGCCCUAGCAACCAGACUGCUGAGACGCGGCGGCGGGGCCCCCAGGCCGCUGGCUGCCUAACCCUGAAGCUCUUCACCAGCCCUGCUUGCUUCCAGCACCAUGUCAAUGCGAACGCUACCGCUGCUCUUCUUGAACUUGGGCGGGGAGAUGCUUUACAUCCUGGACCAGCGGCUGCGGGCGCAGAACAUCCCGGUAGACAAGGCCCGAAAAGUUUUGAACGACAUCAUCUCUACCAUGUUCAAUAGAAAGUUUAUGGAGGAAUUAUUCAAACCCCAAGAGCUCUACUCCAAGAAGGCCCUGAGGACUGUCUAUGACCGCCUGGCUCAUGCCUCCAUUAUGAGACUGAACCAGGCCAGCAUGGAUAAGCUCUAUGACCUGAUGACAAUGGCUUUCAAAUAUCAAAUAUUGCUGUGUCCCCGUCCCAAGGAUGUACUGCUGGUCACUUUCAACCAUUUAGAUGCCAUCAAGGGAUUCAUCCAAGACUCCCCAACCAUCCUGCACCAAGUAGAUGAGACUUUCCGGCAGCUGACAGAAACAUACGGCGGUCUCUCUGCUGGGGAGUUCGGGCUGAUCCGGCAGACACUCCUCAUCUUCUUCCAAGACCUGCACAUCCGAGUAAGUGAAUGGGCAGCCUCAGGAACCCCCUGCACCUGCUGUGCUAGGGGAACAGGAAUGUUCAACAAGAAAGGCGAAGAAAUAAGGAAGAUAGAAUUCAAACACGGUGGAAACUAUGUCGCUGCACUCAGAGAAGGUUCUUUUGAACUUCAUGGAGACCGAGUCCUGAAACUGGGAAAUAACAUGUACAGCGUGAAUCGGCCUGUGGAAACCCAUAUGUCUGGAGCAUCGAAGAACUUAGCCUCACGGACACAGGAAAGCAUUGCUCCCAACCCUCUUGCUAAAGAAGAACUGAAUUUCUUGGCCAGGCUGAUGGGAGGGAUGGAGAUUAAGAAACCCAGUGGCCCAGAGCCAGGAUUCCGGUUGAAUCUCUUUACCACCGAUGAAGAAGAGGAACAAGCAGCACUAACCAGACCAGAAGAGUUAUCCUAUGAAGUUAUCAACAUACAAGCUAUUCAGGACCAGCAACGGAACAAAGAGUUGGCUCGGAUCAUGGGGGAGUUUGAGAUCACAGAGCAGCCAAGGUCGAGCGCCAGCAAGGGGGAUGAUUUGCUGGCCAUGAUGGAUGAGUUAUAG